AUGCCGGCUCACAACGCACGAAGCUCUGCAGAGGGCAACGGCCCUUCCGUCGCAGCAGAGAGCGCUCCGGCGGGGUUUUCGGCUGCGCCUUCGGGCGCUGCGUGCACUUCCUCGCCGUCUUUGUUCCUUCGCGGAGAAGUUUUUGAGCACGCGCUCCUCACCCCGCCCCGGGGAGGACAGUGGGGAGUCGAGGGCGUCUGCAGCUACAUCCAGGCGUUUGCCAAGCACGUCGGCGAGACACGCAGAGUGGCGCGGAAGCGGGCAGAUUUCUUCGUGGCUCUCGAAGACUGGCUUGCCUUCAACAAGGCGUGGGGCUCCCCGCUAGGCGCCGCCGGCGACUUGGCGUCCUCAGUGCUCGCUCAGCCCCGCUUGCUCAGCGCCAGCCAGAGCUGCGCGUCUUCGCCGCUGGACGAAGAGGAAAUCCACGUGUUUUGGCACCUGUUUCUGGCCGUUCUGAAGGUCUACGGCGCGUCGCUGCAGCCGCGGAAGGCAGACGACGCCCUGUCUCCGGCGCCCACCGCGUCCUCAGCCUGGUGCCGCCCACGCCGCCCGCCCGGGGACCCUGAGACCGGCGCCGCCGCCGAGGGCCGGCAGGAGGCCUCGAGGAACUUGCGAACUCUCACUUUUCUGUCUGCCGAGGAGUCCAACGAGCUCGCGCUCCUGGAGAUGUCGUGUUCGUUCUCUUUUUCUGCGUUGCUGCGGCCUUCGUCCUCCUGCUCAGUCUCGGCACGGUCCUCGGAGGCCGACGGCGCUCGCAGCGACGACAUUUUUGAGCGGAGCUGCAGCCUUCCUUCCCGCGCCUCGUCGUCGGCGCCCGCGGCGCUGACGGCCCUCGAUAACUCGUUGGCUGCGGCGCAGAGCGGCGAGAGGAUGGAUCUGCGGGCGCUGGCGCUGCUUCUGCUCAUUCAGGAAAGCCGCAUCGUCCGCGCGCCGUGGAACCCGCGAACGACUGACGACCCCUGGAGAGCCGCCCCGCCUGCGGGCCUCGCAGACGGCUCCAGAGAGGCCAGCGGCGGCACGAGUCCAGCGGUGUCUGCGCUCGCCAGUGGAGGCGCGCGGGGCGAGUCGCCGAGGUAUGCGAGUCGCGAGACAGGCCCGCAGGGUGUCGCGGACGAGAGCCGCCUGCGCGCUUUCCUUCACCAGGCGCUGCCUGCGCUUCUUCAGACUGUCGCCGCAUGCACGCGCGAGCUGCGAGGACGGAGAGCGAGGGAGGAAGACGAGGAACCCGGCGCUGACGAGUGGAUCUCCGGCGCCGAGGCGGACGUUUUUUCUCUUCUCUUUGCAUGCGUCGAGGGCUGGAGCGUCGGCGAGGCGUUUAGCGGCCGUGUCUUCGCCGCGCAUGCAGAAGCGGACAAGAAGGAGAGAAUCCAGCGAUCGGUUUUCCUCAGUUGGAUGCGGCGUCGGCUAGUGUGGAACGAUCGACUCUAUCCCUCGCGGCAGAGCCUGCCGGCGAGCUCCGCCUUCUUCAGUGCCUCGACCUCACGGCUGUCGCAAUUCUCCCGCGUGCUGCUGGUUUCCGAGGCGCACGACAGGCGGCUGACGAUCGACGAGGAGAGCCUCGGGACUCUGAACCCGCGCGAUCAAGUUCUCUUCGUGAACUGUAGCGAGUGCGAUAUCUUCCUCGACGCGCCCGUCUCCGCCGUGAAACUUGUCAACUGCUCGAACCUGUCCCUGAUCUGCGGGCGCCCUGUCGGGGGGAUGGUGUCUCUGUACAACACGCAGCGUCUCGAGGUUCACGCAGUGACUUUCUUGCUUCAAGCCUGCAACACACUCGACGCGCAGCUCUUCGUCUGUAGCGCGUCGCCGCCGCUUCUCUGCGGCGACACGCGCGGCAUAGUGCUCGCUCCAUUCGAUGCGCCUCUCGCACUUCGAGACUUGCGCAAGAAACCAACAGCCGCGGAAGGCGAGCCGCAGGCCGCGAGCACGGAGGAGUCUCGACGGGAAGAGAGCGAAGCGGCCGUCCAGGAGGCAGAGGAGGAACUGGAAAUCUUCGGACGCCCUCUCUCCGCGGCGGCAACGGCGUUCGCCUUUCCACUGUGCGGCGGAGGCUGCGGACUUUCUUCCGCGUUGUCUGCCUCGGCGUCAGGCGCUUCCUGCGCGGCGGAGCAGACAAGAUGCACCAGCGCUGGGGCUCGGGCGGCGGCGGGCAGCUCGCACAUCUUCGAGCUGCUCAAUCCGAAGAAUUUCACGCCGAUUUCUCUGCCGCGGGCUUCGCGCCCGCCGCCAGAGUGCCGCGGGUCCUCGACUACCUCGCAGGGCGACCUCGCCUCCUCCUUCGCUCCGCAGAAGCAAAAGCUUGACGCCGAUACGGCCUGCGUAAACGAUGCCGAGGAAGACAGCAGAGAGGAAAGCCUUUUUGCGCUUCCGGAGGACUUCACCGACGCUCUGUUCGACAAGCAGGAAGAAGUCGCGAGCCUCCAAGAGGCAAUGGAGAACGUGAACUUGACGGAGUCGCAGCGGGAAACGUUUCUUCAGAUUCUCGCGCUCAUGCUCCACGACUUCUGCAAGCGCCACUCGCGGCGCACACGCCGGCUCGCCACGGGGCAGUUCGCGCGGCACGAAGAGGUUCUUCGGUCUAGAGAGGCGAGCACAGGCAGCAUCUGCUGA